UUUGUUUUUCAUCAAAGAAGUUGUAAGUAUAAAUGACUGUAAAUUGCUUCAAAACUUUAUAGUUAGCAUCCUGGCUGCAUUUUGGGGGGAAGCGAGUUGGGGAGGGCUGUGGAGAAAUGUCACCACCGCCACCACAACAACAAAAAAAGACUCAUUAAUAUGUUAUCAUUUCAUAAAAACAGAAUCCCAACACAGAGCUGAAUGAAAUCACCGGUAGCACUUCCCAGUGCCCUAAAGUAAAUGUGGAUAAAUUGCAAAUGGAGCAGGAGUUAAGCUUCAGGAAGCUAGUAGAGAGUUCAGAGUGUCCAGAGCAACUGAAAUAUGACUUCAACAAAAAUGGGGAACUGAAGCAUCUAGAUACCAAUGAACCCUUUGUCUUUAAUUAUUAUAAAAAUGCACAUGAGCGAAAUCAUAAACGCUAUCAAAUUCUGGGGCAUCUCAUUACACGGUAUGUUUAUGAACUCCUGGAAAGAGUCUGCAAGCUGCAGAAAGUCAACAUCCCAACCGAUGCUUCAGAAGAUGAACCUAGAAGUUUUUUUUUCAUGAGCGAAAAAGCAUUAACUAAUUCCACGAGCCUAAUUGUGCUCCUACAAGACCGUGGAGUCUUUCGGGCUGGUCAGUGGGGGCAGAAGACCAUAAUCCAUGAGGGCCUGGACCAAGGAACUCAACUACCAUUCAUUAAAGUGGCCCUUCAGUGCUAUGGAGGAGUUAUUGUUUUAAAUCCCAAUGACAAUUUCAUUGAUCUGAAGAUAGAAGAGGAGUGGUUAAGCUUAUCCAUCAAGGAAGAAUCUUCCUCUGUAAAGUCCUCCUGGUGGAUCCCGAAGAGGUGCAGCAGUAGCCCCGAAGAGCACACCAUUUACGUUUGGGAUCAUUUUAUUUCAAAGAGUGCAGCCAAGAAUGUGGCCUUUAUUGCCCAUGGAUAUGGAGGCUUGGUUUUCAUCAACCUGCUCAUGCAAAGAACAUGGGAAGUGAUGAGUAAAGUGUAUUCUGUAGCAUUUAUUGACUCCAUGCACCACACAUUACACCAGGCAAGAGAUAAUCCACAAGUGCAAGAAUGGAUACAGAAACAUUGCCGUGAAUGGAUAACAAACAGUAAACCUCUAGAUAGGCCCACAGGUUGCCUUGUAAAAGUGGACUGUCCUACAGUCUCUGCUGGGACUGAAAAAUACAUUUUAGCACCAUCCUCUGCCUUACAGGCCAUUUUCAAGUACCUGAAGAGCAUGCUGAAAGCUAAGAAUGCAAUAGCUUUUUCUCGUUCUCCUAUUAUAACAAGAAGCAGCACAAAUAAGAAGAAUGGCAAUACAUAAAAAUGCUGAAGUAUUUUUUAGGACUGUUUUCCCUCUUCAAAACCACUACCUGGAAGCUUGAAACUGAAGCAGCUAUGUUAUUUUCCUUGCAUUGCUCAAUUAUUUAUGGCCAUAAGGCUGGUUUUGGGUUUCCAAUUUUUAUUGCUGUUGACAAACCAAUCAGGAGAACACAAAGUUAUCACUAAACAUUAGAAAAGUUUUCAUUUUGAAAGCUAAUUCUUGCAGUUUAAAAAAAACGCAUGUGAGCUUUAAAACUGAGCUCAUGUUAUUCCUGCAGUUUAAAAUGGUACAUAGUCAAAGUGUUAAGUCACAAAUUACAAUCUAUGCUAGGGAUGUAAAUGAGUAGUUGAGUAUACGAUUAACCAAUAAGUCUACACUUAUCAGUUAAUCUUCUUAAUUACUUGCAUUUCUCCCACUCCCUGCUGUAUCAGAGGCAGCAAGUGGGGGGGAGGGGAGCAGGAGUCAGUGCUCCCCCCAGCACCAGCUAUGUGGUGUCACCUCCCCUUCAUCUCCCCCCCACCCACCCCUGAGACACCAGCGCAGGAGGGGGUACCAAGGGAGGCUCCCAUAAAGUAUGUGCUUCGCAGCAGCAGCAGCAGCCGCCCCUAUCCAUGGGAGUGCAAGGUUGGACGUGCCAUGGACAGAGGCUGGGGUCCCUAGCAGCGGUCCAUGGCCAGGCCGGAUUGCUGCAGGCAGAGACUGCUUUGAGGCAGCCUUCUCCUGCUCUCCUCCCCUGUGCAGCAGCCUCUGUCCAUGGCAAGCUCAGGCAGCCUGAGAACAGGAGUUGCUGCCAUUGUAUCAGAAGCAGCAGUGCAGGAUGGAAGGGGACUUCCUGGGAG